GCUUUGGACGGCCUCCCUGGCCUUUGCCCUGGCAACGCCCUCAAAGUGCAAGAAAGUCACCUGUUGUUCAUCCGUUGCGUUCAGCUGCUUUUUGUGACUUUCUCUUCAGGCGGACAAGUCUCGCUCGAGCAAACCACGAACAGUAUGGCAUGGCUCGAGCCCUUGGCCUCACAUUUCCUUCGCGAGAUCCAGGCUGACCUUAUUAACAUUGCUGCCUGCUCCGUGGGACUCGACAUGCAUAAAUCAUGGAUUUUUGCAACAUGCUUCAGGCCAUUGCAAGCUUUGGCUUCAGUGUGCGAGCACCCUCACGGCAGCCACGAGGAUAUCAGAGGCUCUAGGGAUGCAGACGGCCCAUCCGAGCCACCUGUGUCUGUUCAAGACGGCGCUGGCAUCUUUUCAGUUCCUGACUGGAGCAUCCCUCCUCGUCGUGCUUCGGAGAUCACGUCUCUGCGUGGCAUUUUCGAGCACUGGCUUUCUGCACAGGCCAAGCCAACGCAAGUUUCAUGGCACAUUGCCGAAGGCCAACCCUACUGCCUUGAGGCUUUGCAACUUGUCUCGGCCAUUUGCUCGGGCCGGGACACCACGUUGUUUCCAUGCCCGCUCUCUGGUGUCCCAGCUGGCUUUGACGCUGAUAUACCGCUCUCCAACGUGUUAGUGCCCCCAGGCACUGGACACCCUUUUGCCCAGGAAGUGGCCAUUUGCCACAGCAAUUGGAGUAGCGCAGAAGCCGACCCAGUCACACUCCAUCAGCUGGUAGAGGAAGAGCUCAGCAAGGGCUGGCUGUUCGAGGUCGAUUCUUUGGCCUCGGCGCAGGAGCGCUUUGGCAGUAAACUUGCCAUCGGCAAGAUGUCCAUAGUCAACGCUCCUGGCAAAAAACCACGCCUUGUCGUUGACUCAACCACAAACCCCUCGUGCGUCAUACCAGAGACGUUCUCCUUGCCCACAUUGAUGACGAUGCACGCGGGCAAGUUGGCCGGCUUUGCUUUGGACGUUAAGUCGGCCCACAAAACC